CAAACGUUGCUGAUGCUGAGAAGAAGGGGGAGUACCGGAGAGUGCUCACUCAUCAAACCUCCCUUGGUUACAAUGGUGACUGGGGAAUGACCAUGUUCCGGGUGAGCCACAUCUCUGUGAGUCGUAGACAGCAAUGGUCGUCCACCCACCACACCUUCUUUGGUACCGUCCAGCCCCGGGGGAAGCAGCCAUGCUUUAGGGGGCUCUUUCUGGGGGUCAUAGCUGGGAUCCUGCUGACCAUUGGUAUAAUGUUGACCUGGAUAGCUGGAUUAAGUGGUAUUGUCGAAGCAGGCCCCAUCUUGAUUGGUUUUUCUCUCAUUGUGUUCCUUGUUGCUUCAUGUCAGUUCUUACAAGCCAGAAAAGAACAGCUUCUGGAGAGACAAGCUGAGGAGCAGAGAAGACAAGCCAUAGCCACAAUGGCAGUAAAUCAAGACGGUGAUAAUCCCCCAGAGACUGUCAUUAUUGAGGCCCUGACCCCAAGUGAAAUGUACAGCAGCACGGAUGACAAUGCCCCACCCAGCUACAUGGAAGCCACCGAAUCUGAUCUGAACCACUCUGUUCUCCUGCCGGAGGAGGUGAACGAGCAGAUAGAGGACCCGCCUUCUUACGCUGAAGCCAUGAGCACUUCCUGUGUAGAGAUCUGUACAAGAGGGACAACUCCAGCCAGUGUGUGCUGGAUUCCUCCUUAUUAUCCCCAUUUAUCUCCCCCUGAACAUUGUUAUUCGAGUCUCAGCGGGCCUCCUAUAAUGAUGACGUCGUUAGACGGGGAGGAAGUGGAGGACGCCGAACGUCCAGUGAUUCUGACGUCGUUAGAUCGCGAGGGGACGGAGAACAAUGAAUCUCCAAUAAUCAUGACAUCAUUACAUCCUUACAGAGUGGAAAAUAACGAGCCUCCUAUAAUAAUAACAUCAUCACAUCGGGAAGGCUUGAGGGACAAUGACCUUGAAAUCAGCUCAGAUGUGGAUGAAUUCUCAGACACAAGCAGUUCACGUAGACCCAGUGAAGAAGUCCAGAACUAGAGUCCUGUGAUUUUACAAUACAUGUAGCUGUUUAUAUUUUUGUAAUGAUGCAUAGGCAGUGUAACUUUUUUUGAUAUUCGUGAAGUCAUAGGUUAUCCAUCAUUGCAAAUCAUGGAUUUGAGUCCACAAGCUCCCUCAUAGAGAGAAUCAUUGUGAAUCAGUGGUGGGUUACAGAGGAUGUACAUGUAGGUUAUAAGAAGGAGCCCCGUGCAGUUAUUGUGAAUUCAAAGGCAUUUUAUGAUGAUUUUACAAAAGCAUAAUGAUUGUUUAAUAUUUAACUCACUUCAGAUAGUAAUAUAUAUGUUAAUCCAAGAUUAUGAAACAAACUGGAUUGAGAUGUGAUUAAUUGUCUUAUACUUGUAUUCAGUCAGUUGAAAAAGCAAAUUCUCAAAAAUGAUUUUGGGGUGGUAUUGUUGUACAUGUGUAUCUGUUGUUAAGUCAGUGAUUGUGCUGUUAUUUCAUCAUCUGACCAUAGUACAAGUGGAAUUACAGAGUACAUUACAUCACACAUUUCAUACAGAGUUGCUCAUAUAUAGUUAUGAAAGAAGGCAGGGGAGAGAGUUGGAAUACAGUUCUACAGAAAACAGAGUGCCAUUUACAUCUCUUGCCUUCAGUGUACUGACAUUUUCAUGAUGUAUGCUAGUAUUUUGUUAGAUCCAGUGUUAUAAUCUGGAUUAUUUUUUCUACAUAUCAUAUUUCUUUUUAAUUUAUUUUUAAGUUUGACAUAAUAAAAUGUACAUUUUUUUUUUGUAACAUGAUGAGGUGGUUGUGAAGUUGAGAUGACUAUCAGUGCCGCCAUUUUCAGCACCUGACCAUCUCUGGAAACUUUAUUUCAAUACAGAGUGUUUUUGUUUCAAUAGUAUUACAUAUAAAUACUAUUUUUAUACUCAUCUCUGUAGAUGUAUAUUUUAUCUGCCUGCUGCAGAAGCUUAAUAUAUGUAUUGUAUACUGACACUUUUAUUCAGAUUCUGAACAUUCGUGCAGGUUUCUGAUGCAAUGGUUUACUUUGUUUAUAAUUUCUAUCUUCAUCAAUAGAUACAUUUUAUUGUAAGAGCGCCUUGAUGAGGAAACUUAAUUUUGUCUGGUAAAAAAAAGUUAAUUGAGUUUUAAUUUGUAGUAUUGUAUUUACAAAGAAGAGUUUAAUCUUUUCAAUAUCCGUGUAAAAAAAGGCUUGCUUCUUGUAAAUGUACUGGUUCCCUAAAGAAGUUUUUUGGAAAGAUUUUUUUUCCUAAUAUUAUUUAUUGUUCAAAGUUAUUCUUGUAUACAUUUAGUUAGCCAAAGACUCAAGUAAGCUGUUCUAAAUUAUUCAUCUCAUUUUCUGUUUGGCUGUCAGUAAAGUUUUUGAUUUUGUUAUGUUCAUUUCUUUUACUGGACCAACUUCCCAAAGCAAGAAAAUUCAAUUUUUUCCAAAUGUGAAGGGUUAAAACUUUUACCCGUUUUGUUUUACAAAUUAAUUCUAUGAGGAUCUAACUCACAUGAGCUGUAAGCUUUUCUGAUCACCUUUGUCUGGCACCCCUCCUUCUACCUGUGUCUCUCUAUCCAACUGAAAACAGACAGAAAGCAUCCUUAGGUUUAAAAAUCACUUUUCAAAUGAAGGGUCAUGACCACUUUCAAAGGGAAAUAAUCAUAAAAAGGCAAAAAUGCAAUUGGCUUCCAUAAGUAAUCUCAUUAGAACCUCUAGGCCAGAAAAGUUAAGAUUUGUAGAAAGUUCAGUAUACUAAAAUUGUGUAAUGAUGAACUUGAAGUUGACCUUUGUUAAGAGGUAGAUGUUACUCAGGUGAGCUCUGUGGCCUUUCAAUUUAUCACUUUUUAAUACUGUAAGUAUAAUUACAUGUAUAUUUUUAUGCCCCCCUUCGAAGAGGGGAGGGCAUAUUGCUUUGCUGCUGUCUGUCGGUCGGUCGGUAUGUCGGUCUGUCGGUCCAUUUAGUUUCCAUUCAUUUUCUUCACAACUGUUGCACAUACUGAAAUGAAAUUUGGUAUACAGGUAUAUCAAAUGAAUAUCUAGGUCAAGUUCUGUUUUGGGUAAGAUCGCACUAUAAUUGACAGAGUUAUGCCCCUUGGACUUAGAAAAAUUCCAAUUAUUUGCAGUCUCCGUUUAUUUUCUUUACAACUGUUGCACAUACUGAAAUGAAAUUUGGUAUACAAGUAUAUCAGAUGAAUAUCUAGUUCAAGUUAAGUUUUGGGUACGAUCGCACCAUUUUUGACAGAGUUAUGCCCCUUGGACUUACAAAAAUUCCAAUUAUUUGCAGUUUCCGUUCAUUUUCUUUGGAGAGGUGGCACAUAUUAAAAUGGAAUUAAAUAUACAGAUUAGUCAGAUGAAUAUCUAGGUCAAGUUGUGUUUUGGGUAUGAUCGCACUAUUUUUGACAGAAUUAUGCCCCUUGGACUUACAAAAAUUCCAAUUAUUUGCAGUUUCCAUUCAUUUUCUUUGGAGAGGUUGCACAUAUUGAAAUGGAAUUUAGUAUACAGAUUAGUCAGAUGAAUAUCUAGGUCAAGUUUUGUUUUGGGUAUGAUCGCACCAUUUUUGACAGAGUUAUGCCUUGGACUUAGAAAAAUUCAAAUUUGUGGGGGAGGGAGGGCAUAAGUGUUUUACAAACAUCUCUUGUUAAUCCAUAUGUUGAUUCUCCUCUCAAAACCAGACAUUCAUUUAAGAAAUUGUUUUCUAUCAGAUAAAAUCAUUGAAUUCAAACUUAUUCACUGAUAUGAUCCAGUUGUGUAUAAUUUACAAAAAGAAAUGAUAAAAGCAUAGAGUUUAUUGCAUACAAACAUUUAUAUUGUAGAAAAAAUGUUUAUGAAUGGAUCAACAUUGCUUGUUACUGGUAUUGUUUAUAUGUUCAUGUAUUUGUAUAAAAAAAUAAAUAUUUUAUUGGACAAUAUGACUUCA